GCGAAUGACAGUUUCGUUCGCUAUCUUUGCAGCAUUUUGUCGCUAUUUUAUGGCAUCGCAAUCUUUUCUAACUGUCAGUUAAAAUUACAACAUAAUUGAAAAUAAGAAGCAUCAAUAUGUUUAAGGCUAUCUCUUCUAUAUAUUGUAAUGUCUCAAAAGUAACUAACAUUCGACAAUAUGGAAAACACAACAAGAAGUAUUUGUACAAGGAUGGUGCCAAAGUUCAAAAUAUUAUGUACUAUCCCGGCGAAAACUGCCCCUUGAACCUGCACAAAACAACUGAAAAAUAUAAACUGUUCGAAGUACGAAGAAUUAAGUCCUUGAAAGGUUGUCCAUAUUGGGAGAAACGGAUUCUGAGAGAUCUGGAUUUAUAUGAUUCAAAUGCAAUAGCUGUUGUGAAGAAUAUUCCUGAAAAUAACGCCAGAUUAUGGAAAGUGAAACAUCUGAUUAAAGUGUCUCCUAUCAGAUUUCCCUUUGGAGAACCUACAGAGUCAGAUAUCAAUUACACAUUUAUAAACGAGAAUGGUGAUUGUGUAGUUGUUAAGGAGAUAAGAACUCGCACUACACGUGAUAAUCGUAUGGAAGCAGCAAUUGAUUUUACUAAAAAUCAAGAAAGAAUGGAUGGAGAGACACUUCAGAAGGAUUCACGUUUAAAGUGGCAAAAUACGUGGUAAUUUUGUCAUUUAGAGGUUGAUAAACAAUAAAAUGAGUUUGACACAGAAA